GCCGAUCGAAUUACGAAGUUACGCUGUUAAUAUUCUGAAUUAUAUUAAUUUUCAUUUUCCCAUAUUAUAAAUAUAUAUGUAAGGUAUACAUGUGGUAUAACGUUGUUGAAAGUAUAGUAUUGAUGGUGCAUUAAUUUUAUUUCACUUACGAUUAAACAAUAAAUAUUUUAUAAUUUUUAGUUAGCUAUAUCGUUAAACUUUAUUUGGACGGGUUAUAAAGCGCUUUCACAGGACGAAUGAUAGCAUAGCAGCGCCAUUUUGUCGUUACUGUGCUGACUGAUGCAAUUUACGUAUUAUUUUGCGUUUUAACUAUAUAAUUUUCUUUGCAUAUUUUUAUAUAAUUAAAGAAGUGUUUUUAUAUAAGAAAAAAAAAAUUGAUUUUAAAAUAUUUUAUAAAAUAGUGAUAUAUCACUAUACAAAUUUAAUGCGAUAAUAUGUCAAUGUGUAUGCUGUGAACAGAACCAAUGAGUUUAGGAAGUUCUUAUGAAUGUCAAUUGAGAAAUGGGCCAUACUUAACAGGAAUGCUUCAUGUCCUUAUUAUAGUUUCAUUAGGGUAGUUAUAUAUAUGUUCCCAUAAAUUGAAAAAAAAAAUUAAAGAUGAUCAUGAAUGGAGAAUUUAUUUUCAGUUAAUGAAAUUGAAUAUAUUGAAGCUGAUACAGAGUAUAUGCAGUUGAAUCAAACAGAAAUCAUGGAGACACCUGACGAUCCAGAUGACCACUGGGACCACGAGAGUACCGCCAGAAUGUUAGCUCUGUAUUUACAAAAUAUUGAUAAAUUUAGAAAUCCAAAAAUUAGGAAAAAGAAUGUCUGGAUAGACAUAGCUAAUGCAGUGGCCAAGGGACCUGAUAGUUGUGAUAAGAAAUUUAGGAAUUUAAAACAAACUUAUAUAAGGUUAUUAAGAAAGAAAAACAGAAGUGGAGUUACAGCUUUCAAAUGGCCGUAUUUUGAUAUAUUUGAAGAAAUUUAUAGCAUUGAUGGUGAAUAUCAACCCGAAAUCCAACAAAAGUUACAAGAGGGAACAGCAGAUAGAAUAAGUAAAGCUUUAUUAGAGAUAAAUACUUCAGCAAAAUUUGAAGAGGUUCCAGAAAAUGGGGAAACUUCAAAUGGACAAACUGAAGAAGUAAAGAGAAAAUUACUUAGAAAGAGAAAUGCAGAGUUUAGAAAAGCUACAAUAGAAAUGAGAGAUAGACAGAGAGUUGUAGAAGAGAAGUUAGAUAGACUAAUAAAUAUUGUAGAAGAGUCAAAUAGUAUUCAAAGAGAGAGAAAUAGAUUGUUUCAACAAUUUCUCGAAAACUUGAACCAAAAUCAUUGAUUGUUAAGAGUGCUAGUAUUUUAUAAGUUUAUAUUUAUAAUAAGAGAAAUAAAAGAGUUUGCAGUAAUA